AUGGCGGGGAGCACUGAAGGCAUAGUAUAUUCGGCGACGUACAGUGGAGUUCCUGUCUAUGAGUUCAAAAUGGAGGGCGAGUGCCUGAUGCGGAGGAGGGCCGAUGAUUGGAUUAAUGCAACACAUAUUCUCAAAGUCGCGGGGUUCGAUAAGCCCUCCAGAACCCGAAUUUUGGAGCGUGAAGUACAAAAAGGUGUACAUGAAAAGGUGCAGGGGGGCUAUGGAAAAUAUCAAGGAACAUGGAUUCCAUUGCCAGAAGCCCGUUUACUUGCGGAGCGCAAUAAUAUUCUUGACAAGAUACGCCCAAUACUGGAUUAUGUUGCGGGAGAUCGAAGUCCGCCACCAGCGCCGAAACACACCACUGCUUCCAGACCACGAGCGCCGCGAGGAUCGGCCGCAAACAAGCGAGUUACACAGGAAGAGCCUUUUAAUAUGCGAGCGCCGCGAAUGAGUGUUCCUAGUUUCCCACCUCCAGAACAAUAUGAAAUGCCACCGCCAUCGACUUUUGAAGAGGAAGAAUCGAUCGAACAGACUACGCUGGAAUCAUCAUCGAUGAUGGCGGAAGAGGAUAUGGUUCCGAUGUCACAGCACUCGACUCAUUCUAGGAAACGAAAACGCGGUAUGGGUGAGAUGAAUGUUAUGUCGACCACUGAACAGGAACAUAUACUAUAUGGAGACCAACUUUUGGACUAUUUUAUGACAGUAGGUGAUGCUCCGGAGGCUGCAAAAGUACAACCUCCGGUACCACCGGUGAACUUCCAAGUGGAUCGUCCUAUUGAUGAUCAAGGUAAUACUGCGUUGCACUGGGCUGCUGCCAUGGGAGACCUGGAAAUUGUUCAGGAUCUUUUGCGUCGAGGUGCCAAUAUACAAGCAAUAUCAGUCCAUGAGGAAACCCCUCUUGUGCGCGCAGUCUUAUUCACCAACAAUUUCGAGAAAAAGACGAUGCCUUCGCUUGUGAACCUACUUCAAGAUAAUCUCACGUUCCGGGACUGGUUUGGGGCUACAAUUUUUCAUCAUUUGGCAGAAACCACCCGCAGCAAAGGCAAGUGGAAGAGCGCUCGCUACUACUGCGAGGUUCUCCUCCAGAAGAUACGUGAUACACUUCCUCCACAGGAGCUGGAUAUGCUCCUUUCGUGCCAGGAUUCCAAUGGGGAUACACCGGCACUAGUUGCCGCUCGGAAUGGCAACUUUCGCUUGACAUCUCUUUUUCUUCUUCAUUGCCGCCGUUCUGGAGAUCUGGUCAACGGUAAAGGUGAUACUGCUAUUGCCAUUAUGGAUCAGGCAAAUGCUCAGCGUACCGUACCUCAUGCCCCAUCUAGUGUGACUUACGUCAACGAACGAGCUGAAAACGAGGCGCUUGAAGUGAUGGAAACCGAUAAGUCUUUGAACCUGCCCCCGACUUCGUCCCCUGUGACUUCAGCCAUGGCUAGCAAAAUAGCCCGCUUGAUGGACGAGGCACAGCGGAAGCUCAGUCUCGCUUACGGGAAUGCUAAAGUCGGCCAACAAAGUGCCGGGGACGCAACGACCCCUCAGGAUUUGUUCGAGCAAUUGGAAAAAGAUCGGCAAGCCCUGCAAAAAGAGAAGGUCUCACUACUGUCCCAAGAAGACACAAAUGAGUCGUUUGACCUACAGAUGAAUCGCUAUAAAGAAAUUGAAAGUCGUUGCGCGUCGCUCAUUGAACAGCUCCAUCGCAAGCAACUUUCUGAUCGGUUUGCCGUUGGAGCUCCCAAAGAGCAAGCACCGGCUUCGAAUGAACCUGUACUCCCAGAGGAACUUCUACAGCGGUUUGAGCUUGUUCGUAGACUCGUGUCAGCACAGGAGGGCCGACGAGAAGCAGUCCGAGACCUACUACAGCAGAAGGCCGAUGCUGGGGUCAGUACUAAACUAGACAUGCACCGGAAAUUAGUGGCGUUGGCAACUGGCCUCAAAGAAGAUGAGCUUGAUCCAAUGUCCGCUGAGCUGGCAGAUACGCUCGAAUUCGAGCGCAUGAAUGGCAAAGAGUCAGAUGAUGGUCCAUCUGAUCGGAUCCCACUGCUUUCGCAUGCAGUGCUCUCUGGUCCUACUGUUCCUGUUGAUGCUUGA